ACUCGCAAAAUAAAGAAGAAAACAACUUCAACGUCUCUUUCUCUUUUUCUCACUCUUUCUCUCUAACAAAAACUCUCUCUUUCUAGCUUCAUUUGCUCAAUCACUCCAAACCCAGAUCAAUUUUCCUCUGUAUGAUCUCAUUGUUUCACCAAAACAAUGGCAGAGAAUUGCACUAGAAAGCUUAUAGUUGAAAUCUGCAACGCCAAAAACCUGAUGCCAAAAGAUGGGCAAGGAACGGCCAGUGCUUAUGCCAUAGUUGAUUUUGAUGGUCAAAGAAGAAGAACCAAGACAAAGUUUAGAGAUCUAAAUCCAGUCUGGGAUGAGAAGCUGGAGUUUCUGGUUCAUGAUAUAGAGUCAAUGGCUACGGAGAUAUUGGAGAUUAAUCUGUAUAAUGAUAAGAAAACAGGGAAAAGAAGCACUUUUUUGGGGAAAGUGAAGUUGGCUGGCAGUGUUUUUGUGAAAGCUGGAGACGAGAGUCUCGUUUAUUACCCGUUGGAGAAAAGGAGUGUUUUUUCCCAGAUUAAAGGGGAGAUUGGAGUUAAAGUUUUUUAUGUUGAUGGAGAGACGCCUCCGGUAGCGGCUGAGGCUGCGGCGGAGGAGAAAGCAGAGGCAGCAGGGGAGAAGCCACUGGAGAAUCCAAAGCCAGAGGAGGAUAAGAAGGAGGAAAAAGUGGGGGAAAAGAAAGAAGAAGAGGAAAAGCCUAAAGAAGAAUCACCCAAAGAAGAAGAUAAGCCAAAUCCACCUCCGGCAGAGAAUAGUAACCCUCAAGACGCCGCCGCAGCUGCUACUCCAGCGACAACUGCGCCGUCGGCAGAGGUAGAGAAUCCACCACUAGCACAUAAAGAAGAGCCAACGAAGGCAGCAAAAGACAAGGCUGAAACAGGAAAAAGCACUGAACUGGUCAUCAACGAGCUAGAACUCCGAUCACUCUCCGGUGACCGUAGCCAUGCAUACGAUCUCGUAGACCGUAUGCCGUUUUUAUACGUCCGAGUUGUUAAAGCAAAACGAGCCAACAAAGAACCAGCUUGUCCCGCUUAUGGCAAGCUAGUUAUUGGUACUCACAGUAUCAAAACAAAAAGCCAAAUUGAUAAAGAUUGGGACCAAGUUUUCGCUUUCGACAAAGAUGGGUUGAAUUCAAGUUCCUUGGAAGUGUCAGUUUGGACUGAAGAAGAGAACAAAGAAGAAGAAAAAGAAGGAGCUACUUCUUUGGUGGAGAAUUGUUUAGGAACGGUGUCGUUUGAUCUACAAGAAGUGCCAAAAAGGGUUCCUCCGGAUAGUCCUUUAGCUCCACAAUGGUAUAGUCUUGAAUCCGAGAAGUCGCCUGGAAAUGAUGUCAUGGUUGCUGUUUGGGUCGGAACACAAGCUGAUGAAGCUUUCCAGGAAGCUUGGCAGUCAGAUUCGGGUGGGUUAAUACCCGAGACCCGAGCUAAGGUUUACUUGUCUCCAAAGCUUUGGUAUUUGAGACUAACGGUUAUCCAAACCCAAGAUUUGCAGCUUGGUUUGGGGUCCGAAGCUAAGGUUCGGAGUCCUGAACUUUACAUCAAGGCUCAGCUUGGGGCUCAACUUUUCAAAACCAGCAGGACUCAACUUGGGUCAGCUUGGAAUGAGGAUUUGGUUUUCGUGGCGGCUGAGCCGUUUGAGCCGUUUUUGGUGGUCACGGUUGAAGAUGUGAGCAAUGGGCAGCCAGUGGGUCAGGCGAAAAUUCAUGUACCAAGCUUGGAGAGGAGGACAGAUGAUAAAAUGGAGCUUAAAUCAAGAUGGUUUAAUUUGGUUGGUGGUGAAAGUAAGCCUUAUGCAGGCAGAAUACAUGUCAGAGCAUGUUUAGAAGGUGGCUAUCACGUGCUUGAUGAAGCCGCUCACGUGACUAGCGAUGUCCGAGCCGCCGCUAAGCAGCUGGCUAAGGCUCCCAUUGGGUUGCUUGAGGUUGGGAUUCGUGGGGCCAGUAAUUUGUUACCUGUCAAGACCAAGGACGGUACACGUGGGACUACCGAUGCUUACGUGGUGGCCAAGUAUGGACCCAAGUGGAUACGUACACGUACGAUUCUUGAUCGGUUUAAUCCACGUUGGAAUGAGCAAUACACGUGGGAUGUAUAUGAUCCAUGUACAGUACUCACUAUUGGUGUAUUCGAUAACGAAAGGUACAAGCGUGAUGAAGCAGGAAAACCCGGUAGAGAUGUACGUGUUGGUAAGAUACGUGUCCGACUAUCGACACUUGAUACGAAUAGGGUGUAUUUAAAUACCUACUGCCUAACCGUAUUGCUGCCCAACGGUGCCAAGAAGAUGGGGGAGAUUGAGAUAACCGUUAGAUUUUCUUGCUCGUCAUGGCUAAGUCUAAUCCAAGCUUAUGGCAGCCCAAUGUUACCAAGAAUGCACUAUAUUCGACCAUUGGGUCCAGCCCAGCAAGACAUACUGCGCCAUACCGCUAUGCGCUUAGUGACGGCUAGGCUAGCCAGGUCCGAGCCGCCUUUGGGACAAGAAGUGGUUCAGUUCAUGCUGGACAGUGAUACACACGUGUGGAGCCUGAGGAGAAGCAAGGCAAACUGGUUUCGAGUUGUGGGGUGUUUGUCGCAUGCGGCAACUCUGGCACGCUGGUUGGAUGGGAUUCGCACGUGGACGCACCCUCCAACUACUGUUUUGGUGCACGUGCUGCUUUUGGCAGUGGUGCUAUGUCCACAUCUAUUGCUCCCCACCGUAUUCAUGUACGCCUUGUUGAUCCUAGCAUUGAGAUUUCGCUAUCGCCUACGGGUCCCAAACAACAUGGACCCGAGACUCUCCUACGUGGACGCCGUGGGUCCCGAUGAGCUAGACGAAGAAUUUGAUGGAUUACCAACCACACGAUCACCGGAUACCAUACGUAUACGAUACGAUCGUCUACGAGCACUAGCGGGGCGGGCUCAAACGCUAUUGGGUGACGUGGCAGCCCAAGGGGAGCGUUUGGAGGCCUUGUUCAAUUGGAGGGACCCAAGAGCAACAGGCCUAUUCGUGGUGUUCUGCCUCUUUGCUUCAUUGCUGUUUUAUGUGGUACCAUUCAAGGUCUUUGUGUUAGGGUCAGGAUUCUACUACAUCCGCCACCCAAGGUUCAGAGAUGACAUGCCAUCGGUUCCGCUCAACUUCUUCCGGCGACUACCGUCGCUUUCCGAUCAAAUCAUGUAGAAUUCCGGACGGUGGGGAUGCACUUUCUUGGUGAAUGGUUGGUUUCUAGUCUAGUUAGCAUAAUAUUGUUUUAUUUGAUUAGUUCUUUGAUCACGUAUUAAAAUGGAAUAAUGAAUGGUUUUCUUUCUUUAUUA